GCCAUCUUCUAAAGAAGUUUGAAUUAUCAUUGAAGAUUAGAUUUUUCGUCCCAAAAAUGAGAAAAUUGAAGGUAUUAAUGAAGAAUUAAAAAGCAAUAUUAUGGAAUUUAUAAAUGCACCAAUUGAGCAUAAUAAUCUUAUUGUAAAAUCUCAUCCAAAAGCAUGUUAUACAAGUCAUUUACUUGAUUUUACCAGUGAAGAAAUAAAUGAAAUUGAAAUUCUAGGAGAUUCUCAAAGAUUUCUUAAUUUUUUGAAUGAAUUUAAUUAUCACUCUAUAAAACUGAAAAUAAAAUUGGUUCCAUAUUCACAAAUUAAAAUUUUAAAAAAAAUAGCAGAAGGAGGAUUUGGUAUUAUUUAUAAAGCUUUAAUUAAUGGAGAAGUUGUUGCUAUUAAAAAAGUUUUAAAUUCUCAAGAACUAAAUAAAUAUUUUUUAAAUGAGUUAAAAUCACUUUAUCAAUGUUAUGAUAGUAAAUUUGAAUAUAUUAUUAAAUAUCAUGGUAUCACAAAAGAUCCUAUAACAAAAGAAUUUAUACUUCAAACUAUUUAUGAAAAAGAUUUUGUACAUCGAGAUUUUCAUAGUGGAAAUAUAUUAGUUGAAAUAAUUGAAAAUGGCUCAUGUAAAAUAGAUCAAUAUCUAAUUGGAAAUUUAGGAUUAUCACAGCCUGCAAAUGAAAUUCCACAUGAUAGCAGUAUAUAUGGAGUAAUACCUUAUAUUGCACCAGAAAUAUUUAAAGGCGCCAAAUUUUCUAAAUCAUCUGAUAUUUAUUGUAUAGGCAUGAUUAUGUGGGAAUUAACAACUGGUUGUAAACCUCUUGAUAAUGUUGAACAUGAUGUUGAUUUAAUUUAUAAAAUUAUUGAUGGAAAACGGCCUAAUAUUACUGAUGACACUCCCGAAGAUUUUGCUAAUUUAAUGAAAAGAUGUUGGAAUCCUAAUCCUAAAAAGAGACCUUUAGCAACGGAUGUUUAUUUUAAUGAAAAACCUCAUCCAAAAGCAAUUUAUACAAGCAGAUCAUUAAGUUCUUUAACUGGUUCACCUUCAAUUAUAACGUUUAAUACGAAAUCAAAUAAUAAACUUAUUGAAGAAUCAAUCAACAAUAAAGAAUAUAUUACAAAAGAAUAUGAGUUUGAUAUAAAUGAAAUUUAAAGGUACAAUUAAAAGUUUUCUAUUAUUGCCUUUAAUAAUUGUUUUGAUCAAUUCAGUAUCAAGAGAAGUAAUCCAAUAAAUCCAAGGAAACAAGAUGCAAUUGAAGAUUUU